AUGGAAACCUUCAGACACUGCCAGCUCCAAGAGAACAAAACCAUCCUUGGAUCCAGGCAUGUGGUGCUACAAGGGCACUGCAGCGGACGCAUUGCUGUCCGCAUUGGCUUUGUAGUGGCCGCAAAGAUCGAUCGUGCGUCAGUUAAUAUUUCAACACUUCUGACGUUGCUCGAAGACUUCAAGAGCACAGUCUUCAUUCCUGACCUUCAGCGCGCCCUACGUCAUGAGGAGGCCGAACUGCAACUGGAGCAUUUGGUUGCUAUUAAACGAGAAGCCCGAGCAGUGUCAGAUGUGGCUGCUGUUGGGCGGCUUCAGCAUGGAGUGAACAGCCCCGUUGAUGUUUGCACUUUAUCUUCGGCCAAGCAUAACGUGUUCGUACGAGUCGAAGUCUACACAGGAUUGCGCUGUUCUGUAUUGCACUGGCUGCAAGACAGCUUGGAGCAGCGACGAACACGAUGCAGUUUGCCACCGGAUCCUGUUCGCCUGGUGUCCUUUUUGCUGACUUACGUCAUGGAUUUGCGGUCUCUAGAAGAGGCUGGAGCGGGACAUCCGGAUCCACACGCUGGCAACAUCGUGCUGCGAAGAAGAGGCAAGUACGUAUGGACAGAUCUUGGCAGCUCACAAUCCAUGCUGGUGACGAACAGGGUGCAUGUAUUUCAACAGUAUAUGAUUGACAUGGUCAGCCUUGCUUCACAUGUUGUCAGGCACCCCACUGCUCGGGAAGUCCUGGUGGCCUUCUCCAGCGCAGCUCGCCAGACAACCAGUACACCAUUGCAGCUGUGCCGAAACGUUCUCGCAUCCAGUCUGGCAGCGCUCCAACAGGGAAGGGCAGAUUUUAACGAUGAAGUGAUCAAGGAGGUCGGAGUCGCCAUAUUCAGGGAUGACCUGUCCAACCUGAAAGCGCGUAUUGACAGGAUGAGUCAAGGCUCAGAGUCAUCCGUCGUCUGGGUGCGGGAGCUGAUCCGCAAGGAGUUGGAGCCGGUGGGCAAUGGGUUCCAAGUGAAAGGAACUUUGGCUAACGUGGAUGACCUGAAGAAGGCAAUCGAUCCUUCUAUGUCUCCGCUGCAGGCUUCGAAGAUCCAGAUUUUCAGCCGAGAGGACGGCGAGUGGAAGCAAGAGGAAGAAGAUGCCGAAGUCAACCGUGGUGCUACGAAGCCUGACAGCUACGGUUUCGUCCUGCCCGACGUCAGCUA